AUGGGGGCCAGGGAAAGGCAAGCCACCACAGCAAGCACCUACAUACAAGCAGCACUGAGCGCCCUCCGGGGGCAAACGGGAGGAGGAAAGGGAGUGGCAAUAGUGGAGGAAGGGGAGGAACACCUGGUGGCGGCACUGCAAUGCCCAGGGCGGGUCACAGGAGAGGAAGAAGAGGAAGAGGGGGAUGAGUACGCGAACAACAGCGCCGGCGGCACCACCCCACUGCAACCACCACCACCAGCACCCACACGGGAACCCGGCCCGGGAGAAGAAGGAUACGGGAGCAGCAGCAGCAGGGACAGGGUGGGUGUGGCACAGCCGGACAGACACAGCAGACUGGUCGAGCCCAUCACACGCUCGACGGAGGAAGGGCAUUCCAAGCAAGGAGGCGGUCAGCCGGGGUUGGGGGGCCCUCACGACGGAGGAAAGAAUGCAGGACGCAAUGACCAUCCUGCACCUGGUGAGGCAGGGGAGGAGGUGGCUGGAUGCUGCAAAGAGGACAGGCCACUGGGAGCUUCAAAGCCUGGCCGAGGGUAA